AUGGCUACCGAUCCCUUCGAUGACCUCCUCGAGCUUGAGAAUGACUAUUAUAAGGAAGGUUAUGAUGCCGGUGUGGCUGAUAGCACCUACGCUGGCAUGAUCGAAGGUAAAGUCUUUGGAAUCGAGAAAGGAUACGAAAAAGCUCUGGAAUUGGGCAAACUACAUGGCCGUGCUCUGAUUUGGCGAGAACGAUCAUCUCUUUCAGAGGAAGCGGUACAGAUGGACAAUGCCAAAUCGGAAACCCUUGACUCUUUAAGACUGGGAGAAGUCGUCAAUAGGCUUUCACAGCUGUCCGAUAACACCCGCUUCCGACGGCACAUAGACGGCCUGUACACUUCUUCCGACGGCUCUACGGUUGCAAAAGACAACUCAGACGAAGCAGUUACCGAGUUUGACGACCGAGUUGCAAGAGCAAAGGCUAAGGCUAAGGUCAUUGCGAAUAUUGUGGGCGAAUCACUCAACUCAACCCCGGCCUCGAAUGUAGGCAUUGAGGAUGCUACCGGCUUGCAAGCUCGACAUUGA